CGGCGGCCCAUCCCCAUGUGUUCUCCGCUCUCCCUCUUUAUUGCACUUGUGUCUCUACACUGCUCCCGUUUCCCUCUCUUCCACUGCAUCUCCUCAAACACUUUCUCUCUACAGAUCGACUACAGUACAGCUCGCUUACUCGAGCUCAUCUUCCUCAGCUCGUCCAUUGCUGGUGAUCCGAUCCGUUCGAUCCUUCCUUGUGAUAGGUACGAUGGGCAGGAAAAGCUUCAGCUCCAUCUUCUCCAAGCCCCCGGCCAGCGCCGACGAGUCUUCUCCGCCGUGGCCGUGGCCGUCGUGCCGGAACCCACACACCAGCUCCUUCCGCGACGAAGACAGGAGCCGGCCCUGCAGCGCCACCGCCGCGGCCGUGGGCAGGAACCCCGCGGCGGCGGCGAGGCUCAUCCGCGGGGGUGCCGGAGAAAUGUACAAGACGGUCAACUCCGUGUACCAGCUCGACUACCUCUCCGCCGACGGCUCCUGCUUCGGCGACGAGGAGGAGCACGGGGUGCUGGAGCUUGAGCUGGACGACGACGACGACGGCUUCUCGACGACGACCGCGUCGGAGGAGUGGUCGGAGGCGGUGAUCCGCAGCCUCGGGCGGACCUCCACCGACCGCUUCUUCGUCGACCCGGGCCCGGCCUCCAACUCCAUCAUGGCCCUGUCGCCGGGGAAAUCGUUGGCGGCAGCGGCGACGUCCGAGGAAAUGGCGGCGCCGUCGGAGCCGUCGUCGCUGGUGGAGGAGAGCGUGGCGGUGGCGGUGGACUCGGAAGACCCGUACGGGGACUUCCGGGCGUCCAUGGAGGAGAUGGUGGCCGCGCACGGCCUGCGCGGCUGGGACGCCCUAGAGGAGCUCCUGGUGUGGUACCUCCGGAUCAACGGCAAGCACAACCACGCCCUCAUCGUCGGCGCCUUCGUCGACCUGCUCGUCGGACUCGCCGGGACGCCGUCGGCGCAGCCGUCCUCGUCGGCCGCGCCAACCGCCACCACCACGGCGACGACGAUGACGACGUCCGCGACGAGCAGGAGCGGCGGGAGCACCACCAGCACCAGCACGUCCAGCAGCACCUGCGGCGACACCACCACUCGUACGGCUACUGCACCGACGGAGGAGCAAUGCGGCUGCCGCAGUGACGGUGCCUCGCCUGCUUCGUCGGAUCAGGAGGGCCUGCACCACAAGGAGGAGGAGGACCUCGUCGGCGACAAGGCAGGUGACGACCGUAGCAUCAGCAUUACACAGUAGCUUCCAGAAUUAGUUAACAAGCAAUUGUAUUCGGCCAAGUGAGGUCUCAAAUUACUGUGGCCGUGUUUGAUUUGCGGCCCAGUUGGAUGGAACGCCAGAAUUUCACCAGAAUUUGUCUUACUAUUGCCAAAUUCUCGUGAAAUUUUCGCUUUCCAAACCCAAUCGCACGAAAGCUCAUGAUCAAGUUUGUUAAUUUGCCUCUCUUUUUAAAAUUCAAUGCACAUUUACAAUCUGGGUGUA